AUGACUGCUCAGUCAGCUCAUCCUCGAACAGCUGAUCCUCGAGUAGCAGUCCACGCGCUGAUUGACAGGCUGCCGGAGAACGGCUACGACCGUACCCGAGACGGUGACCACCGUUCCCACUCGGGACAUCACCCUCACGUCGGCCCCCACAUCUCGACAUUCCUCGGUCCAUCGACGAACCUGCGGCUGCACGAAGCCUGCAAAUUUGGGUCUGCUCCGCCUCUGGAGUGGAUUUGGGGCUCCAGCUGCGCUUCCAUCGCCACCAGGAAGUCCGGAUGGUCCCUUCACAACUACCUGCGCUCGGAUCCACAUUACCACGAGUACCAGUUCCAAGAAUCGCUCAAGGUUGCCGCAGGUCGAGGCGGCGUGGCGCUGGUAGAAUGGGUACUUACCCAUUUCCAGGGCUUUGAAGUGCUGUCGGAAGUGGACACUGAAGCCGCGAAACACGGACACCUGCACGUGUUGCAGCACCUAUUCGAGCACGACCACGGGCGCGACUACCAGUGGGAAUCGGGGAUUUCGUUCGCCUGCGACCGUGGGAACCUCCCCAUGGCCAAGUGGAUGGUCGAGCAUCCGACAGGAGGAGGCCACGUCGACGUCCUCGAGUACCUCUUUGAAGUCGGUUUUGCUGACAUAAAUGCUGCGGCUCUGUACCAUGCAGUCGAUGAGGUCGUAAUCGAAGCAGCGAAGAAUGGUCACUUGGAGAUUCUGAAGUACUUUCACGAUUUAGACGAUGGAUCUGGCCGUGUUACUGGUGCGACGAGCACCAAGUGGAGACGGACCAAGCAGACAAUCGAAUGGUGGGCUCGCUCCAGCGACGCCAUUGACGGAGCCGCAGGAAGCGGCCAUCUCGAAAUUGUAAAAUGGCUGCAUGACACUCGGUCUGUGCGUUGCUCGACGAAAGCAAUGGACUACGCGGCGCGCAGCGGCCAGUUGGAGAUGGUGAAAUGGCUGCAUGCGAACACGCCGCAUACAACCCGGUUUCCUGGCUUCGCGCAAAUUUACCCGAAGGAUAACCGCCUGUGGGUGUAUCCGUCGAAUCUGUUCGAUGUGUUGCUCUUCCUUCAAGGGAACUACCCGAAGGUCUUCACCCCAGAAUUCGCACGAGGCACGAAGAGCGACCUCCAUGGGGAAUAUUUCAGUGGAAGCGACGCGUUAGUGGAAGCCUGGCUCAACGAGCAUUAUCCGGGUCCCGCGACGGAAGAGAGAACAGCAACGUGGCGCAACACGAUCGAAGUCUGGACCGCCGAGCAUAGUGCUACAAACCUACCACGACACUGCCGUGCUUCGGUCAUCGGUGACGCUCUCCUCGAAUCAUUGGACAUGAAGGGAAUCUCAAAGUCGUGGAGGUCGACGGGUCUGUGGCCAGUCAACAGGGAAAAAGUGCUUCGCAAGGUCAAGUCCGUGUGCACAUCCGAGACAACGCUGCAGUCAAAAUACGCCAAUUUGUGGCCGUCCAUGACCCGCUUCCUGUUGAUUAUCAUGAGAAGAGAGGAGGGAGCGACGAAGAAGAUCGAGUUGGUGACGCGAAAAGCUGAGCGAGAAGUUGAUCGGAUUGAAGCGGCUCGUGUGAAGGUAGUCCAAAAAGCGGAAGAAGCCGAGCGGAAACUGCUCGCUAGGCAGGAAGCGAGUAGACUCCGAGAGCUACGCAAGCACGAAACCAAACUGCGCAAAGCAGAAGAACGGCAGCGCAAACGAGAUGCGAAACUUCAGCCCCAGGCUGUAGUUCGACGAACGCAACCACCGCCAGCUUAA